CACGGGGGGGGUGAGGCAGUGUGGGCUGGGCAGGGCUGUGUUUUUCCUCCUCAUCAUCAGCAUCGUCGUCAGCCUUUUACAUGUUGUUGUGACUUCGCAUCCUUUCAGACAGAUGCUGAGGGCGGAGGAGGAGGCGCUGGGUCCCGUCGAGGAGGAGGAGGAGGAUGACGGUGAGAGUCGCUCAGACUGGCUCACAUGAGGGGCGCGCCCGUCUCUCUCUGCACCUGUACGGAGGCGCAAAACUGCGGGCGUCGCGUCGCAUCGCAUCGCAACGACAUCAUGGCUUUAUAACGCGGAGAGAGGAGAUGUCGGGGUGUGAGAACGUCCUGGCCGUGGAUGAGAAACGGGGGCAGAUCACUAUCAGGAACCCGAGGGCACCACCUGAUGAGCCCAUGAAGGUGUUCACGUUCGAUGUCGUGCACGGCUUUGAGUCCAAGCAGAGGGACAUCUAUGAAGACGCUGUGAGACCUCUGGUGGAGUCCGUGUUGCAGGGAUUCAACGGGACCAUAUUCGCCUACGGGCAAACUGGGACAGGUAAAACGCACACCAUGCAAGGCGUUUCCGGUGACCCGGAAAAGAGUGGGGUCAUACCGAAUUCUUUUCAGCACAUUUUCACACAGAUCUCCAGAACUCAGAAUCAGAAGUACCUGGUGAGGUCGUCGUACCUGGAGAUCUACCAGGAGGAGGUCCGAGACCUGCUGUGCAAAGACAACAACAAGAAGCUGGAGCUGAAGGAGAGUCCAGACUUCGGGGUGUAUGUGAAGGACUUGUCCUCAGUGGUGACCAAGAACGCCACCGAGAUUGAACACGUGAUGAACCUGGGCAACCAGUCCAGGUCUGUGGGCUUCACCAACAUGAAUGAACGCAGCUCCAGGUCCCACGCCAUAUUUGGCAUCACCGUGGAGUGCAGCGAGGUGGGACCAGACGGCGAGGACCACAUCCGCGUCGGGAAGCUGAACAUGGUUGACCUGGCGGGCAGCGAGCGCCAGAGCAAGACGGGCGCCAAAGGGAAGCGACUGAAGGAAGCGGCCAAAAUCAACCUGUCCCUGUCGGCGCUGGGGAACGUCAUCUCAGCUCUGGUGGACGGGAAGAGCAGCCACAUCCCGUACAGAGACUCCAAGCUGACCCGCCUGCUUCAGGACUCGCUGGGAGGCAACGCCAAGACUGUGAUGAUCGCAACAGUGGGGCCUUCGCACAAGAACUUUGACGAGUCCCUGGCCACGCUCAGGUACGCCAGCAGGGCCAAGAACAUAAAGAACAAACCUCGGAUCAACGAGGACCCCAAAGACGCCCUGUUAAGGGAGUUCCAGGAGGAGAUCGCCCGCUUGAAGGCGCAGCUGGAGAAGCAAGGGAUGCUCGCAAAGGAGAGGAGGAGGAGAAGGAAUAGCAGACGACUGAGUAAAAACAUGGCAGGGAUGGAGGACGAGAUCCUGAAAGAGAGGGAUUCAGAGGUUUGGAAGAGUCUUCAGGACGAAAUGGAGUUGAAACAUCUCACGAGAGAGGGCAGCGUCAGGCCCAAGAGUCUGAUCUGCCAGGGGAGCAGUGAGCGGUUAAGGCCCCUGCAUGAGCACCGAAGGAGUGUGCAGGAGCUGCAGUGGGACCAAGAAGCUCUGGAGAAGAUCAUCGAGAAAUAUCAGACCAUGGAGAGCAAACUGUUAGUGGGAGGAAAGACUAUCAUUGAUCACACUAAUGAACAGCAGAAAAUGCUGGAACUGAAGAGGCAAGAAAUUGCAGAACAGAUAAGACGGGAGAGAGAGAUCCAGCAGCAGAUGAUGCUCCAGGACGAGGAGACCUUGGAGAUGAGAGACACGUUCUCCUCCCUGCAGCAGGAGGUGGAACUGAAGACAAAGAAGCUGAAGAGGAUAUACGCUAAACUGCAGUUGGUGAGGGCGGAGAUGAGAGAUGUCAUCGAUGAGCACAUUGUGACCAGACAGGAGCUUGAGCAGACACAGAACGAGCUCACCAGAGAACUCAAGUUCAAGUAUCUGUUAAUAGAGAACUUUAUACCUCCCGAGGAAAAGAACAAGAUUAUGAACAGGCUGCACUUUGACAGUGAGGAGGAUCAGUGGAAACUCAGGCCGGUCAUUCCACCAGAGAGUGCAACCACUCGGGUUAAGAAGAGGCCUCUCUCCGCCGUGGGAUACAAGAGGCCGAUCAGCCAAUAUGCACAAAUGGCUGUUGCCACGGCAACCGGGGCCCCAUCCAGAUACCAGGCUGAGAACUUAAUGCUGUUGGAGUUAGACAUGUCUCCGCCAACCAUGUUUGCUUUGAACCUGAAUGGAGCUCAUCUGGAGAGGGCCUUCUCCCCCAGGCUGAUGCCAGAACUCCUCGUGAACGUUCCGAUCAGAGAGAGGAGCGCCGCGUCCUCACGGGUCAGGAAAUCACAUUCCUGGUAUCAGGCACCACAAGCAGCAUCUGUGCCGUCAUCAUCAUCCUCCACCAUGCUGACAUCGGCGUCUCAGAGCUUCUGUCCCUCUCACAGGCAGAGGCCGUCCUCUGCCUCCUAUCUGCCACCAGAAGGUCCAGUUCAUACGAGUCCUUAAUACGUGUCCAUAGACCUGUUAAGACCUGUACGUGUAGGAGUUCAACGCGGCACCAUGUUAUUUCCAGACUGAAAAGGGACCAUGGGGAGAGGGAGAGGUGGUGGUGCAUAUGAUAUGCCUUGGUUUUGAGUUUAUUACUCCAUAGGAAUUACUUUAGUGAGCAUGUAGUUGACGACAAACAUCCUCCAUUCAUUUCCAAAGAUUGCCUGUCGUGUGAAUGAGUGAGUUCUGACUGUUUCCUAUCUCUGGACUUAACACUGGUCUACCCAAAUAGCACAGCUAAAAGUGUGUGACAUUACACUUAAAUACUUCAAUUUAGUUUCAUUGUACUUUAGUUUAAAGGUCCAGUGUGUAACAGUAGGGAAAGGGGGUGGGAUUGAAUAUAUCAUCCCUAAAAAUGUAGAAUGUAUGACCUCUUUCAACUUUCACUUUCAAUAUCUGGCAGUUAUUCAACCGUUUAGAAUAUAAGGUACUGAGAAGCUGGCGUGUGACGCUCUGGUGAAUCAUUCCGGAAAGUCCUGUGGGCUACCGUAAUGACAAGUAUAUGGGUGCAAAGCUCUAUUUCUCUGCUUUUCGGUAUCCAUCCAUCCAUCUUCUACUGCUUUAUCCUCCACAUGGCAUGGCAGCCCUAUGUCAGCUGCCAAUCUCAGCUGUCAUAGAGUGGGGUCACAUACAUAUGGGUUAAAGGGUACGCAGAAGGGUUAAAUGUACU